CUCGCUCGCUCUCUGGAGGGAGCAUCCAUCCAUCUGUGCCGACUGGGAGACGCCUGUCAUGUAUGCCGAGCUGCUCUUCCAGGUUGUUUGUCUAGCUUUACACCAGAGUGAAGCGAGGACAGGACGUCGCAUUGGUCCACAUGUUUGCCUGUCUGGUUUUGGAAGUGGCUGCUGUCCUGGGUGGACACCAUCUCCGGGCAGUGGGCAGUGCAUCCUGCCACUUUGUUCCUUUGGCUGUGGCAGUGGUUUCUGCAUUGCUCCCAAUGUCUGCUCCUGUAGGGAUGGAGGACAGGGCAUUACCUGUCAAGAGCCUCCCGGUGCCUGUGGAGAGUAUGGCUGUGACAUUGCCUGCAAUCAUGGGGGCUGCCAGGAGGUGGCGCGGGUGUGCCCUCUGGGAUUCUCCAUGACUGAGACAGCCAAUGGUGUACGUUGUGCAGACAUUGACGAAUGCCUGAGCGCUUCUUGUGAGGGGCUCUGUGUGAACACAGAAGGUGGUUUUGUGUGUGAAUGUGGCCCAGGAAUGCAACUUUCUGCUGACCGACACACCUGUCAAGACACCGAUGAAUGCCUAGCCACACCCUGUCAGCAUCACUGCAAGAACAGUAUUGGCAGCUAUCGAUGUUCCUGCCAUCCUGGUUUCUACCUGCAUGGCAACCGGCACUCCUGCGUUGAUGUGAAUGAAUGCCGCCGACCUGGUGAGAAGCGAGCCUGCCAGCACGCCUGUCACAACACGCUGGGGAGUUUUAUGUGCAGCUGUCGACCAGGCUACCACCUCGGCGUUGAUCGAGUGUCCUGUGAAGGUUUUUCAAAGACAGGACUGGCUCCAUCUCCCAUCUUGCAAUCUCUCCAGCACCCACCGACUUUGCUGCGGCUUUCUCCUGAAGCUGUGGCCCCUGUCCUGCCCCCCAGGGGCCCUCCCCCUUCUCGAGCUCCCGUUCCCCACAGUAUGCCCAGAACGCCAGCUCCUUCCCCGUCCUUCCCCACACUUUCGGCGCUUCCACAUGCUGCCUCUCACACCCCUUCCCCCAGUUCCCCCUUUGGUAGCCCCUCCUUGCUGAGAACUGCCAGGCCGCCAGUGCCGACGAGCCCUCAGCUACCAUCACUACUGCAAGAGGCAACUACAAUGCCCCCUCUCUCAAGCCCUACAGUGCCACUAACCUCCUCUUCAGCCCUGCCUUCUGCUUGCUGGCAUGGCGGGGCUCUUCGUGAGAGUGGCAGCCACUGGAUAGAUCCAGUGUGCCUGAAUUGCUCCUGUGAGAGUGGGCAAGUGCUGUGUCAAGCAGUGAAGUGUGAGGUCGUCUGCUCCCAUCCAGUGCCACCAGGAGAGGGGGAGUGUUGUCCCAUUUGUGCAGGGUGCUUCUAUUAUGGAAUUUCCAGAGCUGAGGGGGAGGUUUUCUCUCUCUCCAAGGAAAACUGCACAGUUUGUGUCUGCCUGGCAGGGAACGUAUCCUGUAUUUCUCCAGAAUGUACACCCAGUCAAUGCUCCGCUCAGACUGACUGCUGUCCCUGCCAGCCAGAGCCAGUGGAGUGCCAUUUCCGUGGCCAGAUCUAUGCAGAGGGGACAGAGUUCAGCCUGGACGGUGAUGAUUGCACCACCUGUGUUUGCAGGCAAGGGGAAGCCGAAUGCUCCUUCACUCCCUGUCCCACUCUGGAGUGUCCCCAAGAUGACUGGGUGUUGGCCCCGGGGCAGUGCUGCUUCACCUGCCGAAAGGCUGCACCUACAACAGGUUGCUUGGUGGAUGACAAUGGAGUUGAAUUUCCAGUUGGACAAAUCUGGUCACCGGGUGAUCCCUGUGAGUUAUGCAUCUGCCAGGCAGAUGGCUCAGUGAGCUGUAAGAGGACAGAUUGUUUAGAAACAUGUCCUCACCCGAUCCAGAUUCCAGGACAAUGCUGUCCAGAUUGCUCAGCAGGCUGCACUUAUGCAGGAAAAACCCACUACAACAAUGAGACAUUCCCCUCUGUUUUGGACCCCUGCUUAAGUUGCAUCUGUUUGUUGGGUUCUGUGGCCUGUUCGCCUGUAGACUGUAUUGUCUUUUGUACAUAUCCUUUCCAUCCAGAAGGAGAGUGCUGUCCAGUUUGUCAUGACUGCAAUUACAAAGGAAGGAAAGUGGUGAAUGGACACAACUUUGCACCAGAAGGUGAACCCUGCCUUAAUUGCACCUGCCAGCUUGGAGAGGUAAGCUGUGAGAAGAGACUCUGUCCAAGCAAUUGUGCUGAGCCCUCUGCUCCCCCUGCACAUUGUUGCCCCAACUGCCAAGAUAAUGAAAUUACAGAUGACCUGACAUCGCUAGAGAAUAGCAUAACCUCUUCUCAGUUUGAAGACGGGGAAUCAAAGACAAGAUUGCAAGCCUUCCGCUCCAUGGCCUUGAUGUCUAACAGGAACUGCAGCUAUUGCAGCACCAACCUCACAGUUGCUACAUCGAGUCCAGAAGCUGACCCUGCAGCACAUAAUAACAUAAGUGCCUUGAAGACUCCACCUGUGAGCCAAACUGCAUCGGAGCACAUUGAGGCGCAUCAGACCAGACCAGGAGAGCAUGACAGCCUGCGUCUCAACAGACCACCCAGUGCCAAACCUCCUCCUCCUUGGUUAGGACGAUCUGUGACUCCUCAGAUGAAACCAGGGUCUGCUCCGCUGCUUCUAAACAGGCCAGAAAGCAUGGGAUCUCCUGCCAUCAGAGCAAGUGACUCCUCGUCCACUCAUUCUAGUGUUCCUUCCCUCGUUACAAGGACAACUGGAGAUACUGUGGCAUCCACUGAUGUUCAUCCUUCUGCUCCCCUCAUUGUGGGUAAACUGAGAAAUUCCUUAGCUUCCCGCUUUCAGUUAUCAGAGACCCACCAUCUUCCUUUGCUACCUCCAGAGGAAACUCUUUCCCCUUCAGCCAGUCCUAAUUUAGCCUCUUUGUCUUUACAAGAAUAUCUUGGGAGCCCAUCCGAUAGAACAGGUUCGCCCGCUGUGGGCCCGCAAAUGGUGGCGAACAGUUCAACAUUGCCCCCUGGUGGUGGGAAUAACCUCAAUGGCUCUGAUCCUUAGGGAGGGAAAGCUAGGCUUAUUUUGAACAGGAGAGUAACCACUUUAACCUCAUAGGUGGGGGAGAGCCCCAGU